AUGGCCUUCAGUUUUGGCUUCUCGGGUGACGAUAUAGAAGAAGAUCCAAACGAUGUGCAAGACCAAGCACAGCAGCCAGCAACCACGGACAGUGAUGUGCCACCACCGAUUCCGGCAAAGACACAUGAUCUAGAUGAACUGCUAUCAACCCUGCCAGACAAGCUUUCCUACUCAACUGUCAGCAUAACAAGUCCCAAAGGCUUCACAGCGCGCCUUCCACGCCGCGAGCUCUUCGAUGUCCGCCUUCAGCUCAUGGCCGAAGAUGAUGGAUCUUCUCAGACGCCCCUAACAGGUCUCGAUGACUCGGACCUCCGCCAAAACGUCUAUGAAGGCGGCUACAAGACUUGGGAAUGCAGUCUCGAUCUUGUCCGCUACCUCUUGGAUCGUGGUCCGCGGAAGGACCUCGAUGACCUGAUGCGGGUUGGACACGUUAUCGAAAUGGGCUGUGGCUCCGCGCUCCCUUCUCUUCUCUUAUUCCAAUACGCAGUGAAGAAUCAACUUGGAAUUUACUUCACGCUGACAGAUUAUAACGCCGAUGUCAUGCGACUCGUCACUCUCCCCAAUCUACUCUUGACAUGGGUGGGUACACUGAGUGCUGGAGAUAGUCAAACGCUGUUCUCCGAAACUGGAAACCCGCUGUUGGAACAAGAGGAGAAUGGCGAGUUGUACAUCACUCCCGAGAUUCUCUCUGCUUUCAAGAGGGUAAUCAACGAGACUGGGAUUAUCAUGACAUUUAUUUCCGGAUCUUGGACACCGAUCGAUGCGCUUCUGGAGAUGAUUCCUUCGUCACCAGACUUGAAUACUUUCAUCCUUGGUUCCGAGACGAUCUACUCGCCGGCUUCGCUUACAGCGUUCACGGAUGCGAUCGUUGCGCUGAUGGGGCGGGUCAAGACAGGCAAGACCAUGGUGGCGGCGAAGAGAGUUUACUUUGGUGUUGGAGGUAGUGUGGAUGGAUUCAGGGAGGCUUGUGCACAGAGAGGAUGUGUGGCUUAUGAAAUGGAGUUUGAAGGAUUAGGAGAUGGUAGCGAUGGGGGCGUAAGGAGAUGUUUGGUCGAGGUGCAGAUGUACUGA